ACGAGAGGCGCGUCUCGCGCACAGCUGAGGUGCGAAGAAGAAAACAUCAUGAACUGAUGAAGUCUAACCGCAUAGCCUCAAAAAUGUGGAGCGAGGUGAAAAACAAGAGCAAGUCUGUCAUCUACAACGGGAACAGCUCGAAGAUGGUUGACCCAGAUCUCACACGACAGCUUUUACACACCUUUCAACAUAGAAAUGGUUCAACUGCAGCUGCCUCCCGUCCUGGCGCAGAGGACUCUCUAACCAGCAGCAGUGGAAUCAUCCCUGGUGCAAUUGCAGCCACAUUGUUCAUUGUCUUCUUACUCGGUCUCUACGCCGUUCUCUGGAAGUGCAUGGUAUCGCCACCACAACGAAAGCACAGCAAGGUGAGGAUGAGAGUACAACAGAGGACGUCUGUGUGAAGAAGAAUGGCUUCCAGGCAUCUGCUCAGCAGGUCGUUUUAGAUAUUACUUGUGAGGACUAAAGAUCUGACAGCAGGUUUUGCUUCAAGUCACAGAAAAGCACCAGAGUGACAAAAUGCUUCUAAAGAAGUUCCUCCUCAUGACUCCAAAGAUCAAACCACAAAAAAACCCUGACUCAACUGAGUGACUGUUUCCCUCAGCUUUACUGUUGUCCUGUUGACCCAAAGCUCAAUGUUGAUGUGAUACACUUGUUUGGCAGGUCAGGUCAUGCUGCUUUUUUUCUGUGAACUCUGCACUACUGAGGGACGAGGCCACCGCUCGCUCCAGCGACCAAUAAGCUGCAUGUAUGUGUGAUAGAGAGGUUGUGGUGAUAUGUUUGGUAUAUGUAGAUCUUUUUAUGUUGCAUGCACCAAAUUGACAGUUACAUUUUAAACAUGUCUUCUAUUUUGGCAAAAUAUUUCCAAAUAGUAUUUUCUCCUGAAGCUCCUGAAGCAAGUCAAGUCUUUAGAUCGCAUUUACUGUUAAAUUUAGAAAUGGAUUUUGAUAUUUUCUUCUUUGAAAUCCCCAUGGUUUAUUCAUGUUACUCAGGAUGCUGUAACUACUGUAUGACUUCUGACUCUCUAUAAUAAACUGUGACUUUUUUUAUAUUUAGUGGAAUGUGACUAUAAAUAAAUGCUAAGAUCUGUGACUGAGUCACAGUUUGGUGAAACUUGAAGUCAGACUUUAUCACUUGUUUUUUUUCAUGAUGUAUUUGUAACCUAACCUAAGUUUGGAAUGACGAAGGAAAUAAUGGGGGUGGAUUUCUCCAGAAACUUUAAUGAAACUGAGAAGUUAACCAACCAGUAUGAGUGUAAAGGGAAACUGUUUUUCCUCUUAUUUGUCAUC